GUAAAAUAAUUGCUAAUAGGCCGAACCGCCUCGCUUUGAUUUGACGAGGAGAGACAGCGGGGGAGAGAGGUGUAGCAGAAGAAGGCCAACAAAAAUGGAGAGGGCAAAGGAAUCCUUACAGUUGACCAGUGAAGAAUCUGAGUCAGUAGCCCGACUCACCGUCGCUCCUCACCGAGUCGGCAUUGACAGCAGCUUCUUCGAAGACUUUAUACUGAAGGGCAUCCGAGUCGACCGAGUCGAGCCCGGCCUCGUUACAUGCACCUACAAGGUCCCUCCUCGCCUCACUUUUUCCAUCCAGGAUAGAAAUGGAAAGUUGUGUGCGGGAGCUAUUGCGAAUCUGGUUGAUGAAGUCGGCGGUGCUGUGGUCCAUGUUGAGGGUCUUCCCAUGAAUGUCUCGGUGGACAUGUCCAUCUCCUUCCUUUCGACUGCAAAGCUCGAUGAUGAGUUGGAGCUUACCGCAAGGGUUCUAGGCCAGAGAGGCGGUUAUUCUGGAACGAGCGUUCUUGUAAGAAAUAAAGCAACUGGAGAGCUGGUUGCUGAAGGUCGACAUUCUUUAUUUGGUAAACAUGCAAGCAAACUCUGAAUGCAUCAUUCUGUUGAAUAUCUGAUCUAAACGGUAUUGGCCUUUAGAGUUUCUUCUUCUGUCAAGAAAUGUGUAUAGUAGUAAAAUGGCAACAAAAUAAGCUGCCUCUGGAACCAUUUGUUUCUAUGCAUCCAGUAAAGUUAGAAACGUAAUGAUAGCAAAAUCAAACAAGAACAUUCGUAAUAGUUGCA